AUGCGAGCAUCGUCUGAAUCAGGCAUACAACCCUCGAUUGAAGCAGAAGGCAAUAACGAGCAAACUCUGACCUCCACAAUAACUCAGAGUGCAGGCGCUGCAAACAAUGGUCGUUUACAGCUUGUGGCUGAUGACGAUGACGUGAAUUUGGACGGAGACUUCUACGAUGAUGAUGAGGCGAUGUCUUGGUGUACUGAAGGAGGAAAAGGAGCGAAAGAGGUGGUAUACAAUCAACAGAUUCAAGCAGAAAAAAAAUCUGGGCGUAAGGCAAGACCACCGAUUGGAUUAGCGAAGGAAGUAUAA